UCACUUUUAUCCUUUUUUUCCUCGUCUAAUAAACAAACUUGUACGAAAAGAACAAAAGCUGUGGCUCGGCGCGAGUGCUCACCACCGUUGUCAGCGUGAGAACCCCCAUGCAUUUUUUCCUCUUGUCGAUCUUUGCUUUAGAUCUCUUUUCUCUCUGCAAAGGUUUCGUUAAUUGAAGGAGAAUUUAGUCAAAUACAAAAAUCAAAGAGAGAAUGAAGGGUACCAGCGAUUUUGUAGAAUUGCUUGGACCAGAUUUGUCAAUGAAGAUCAUGAUGUGUUUGGAGGAUCCCUCUGAUCUUGUUCGAGUCAGCGCUGUCUCAAUUAUGUGGCGUCAAUUUGUGAUUGCUAAUGGCCUAUGUAGGCAACUCUGGCAUAGAAUGUUUCCUGAGGUAUCAAACAUUGAUAACAUUUUUGAAGUUAAAAAUAUGACUGAAGGCGUGGAAUUCGAGCCAGAUGAUUCUACAGGAGGAGCUCAUCUAGAGAGGGAUCACAGAGUGUUUGCGUUUUUGACUCGAGGGCUUACUUCUUAUAUGAGAAAUGAUUGCAUAUCAGAUGCUAUAUGUGCAUCCAGCACUGAUCAUUAUCCUCGUGAAAGCAUAAAAAAUACACUAGAACCAAGUGAUGUUGUUGACGACAGACCAUCAUACUGGUCAAGCAAGGGCUCAAUUGAUGUUGCAUUUCCUGAAACAUUAAUAUAUAGAUUGGCUGCACGACUAUGUGUGAUUUCUGAAAUUCAUGUAAAGCCAUUUCAAGCAUAUUUUCAGUUAGGGUUCCCUAUAUAUUCAUCUAAGGCUGUAAGAUUUCUGGUGGGGCAUCCAAAGGUUCCUUUGGACGUUCAGGAUGUCGAAGAAUUUUCAGAUGACAAGUAUGUAUGGACAUAUACAUCGCCAGAAUUUCCAAUGGCUCAAGAGAAUUUCUUGCAAAAAUUUAAGCUGCCAAAACCUGUACUUUGCAUCGGAGAAAUUCUGAAAGUAGAGCUCUUGGGCAGAGUUCAGACACAAGAAACGGAUGAACUAUACUAUAUAUGCAUUACACAUGUUGAAGUGGUUGGUAGAUUGGUUUUACCAGCAUUCGAUAUCAAAAUUCCAGAAUUGGGAAAAUGCUUAUUGGAGUACCACCCUGAAGCUGCACAUUCUUCAUCACCUGCAAAAUCUUCGCAAGGGGAUUCAAGUAGCCCUUCACAGGUUUUAGCUAGUAUAUGGAGCUGAGAGCAAAUUAUCCUCUUUAACACAUUCGAGGGAGACGAUGGUGGAGAGUGACCAUUGUGAUGAAAUCAACUGUAUUACUAUUUUAAGAUCGUGUUUGGUACUGUAGUUGACAAAUCUGUCAAGUAUUAUGUAAGCAAUAUAAUAAUAAGACUAUUUCUAAAUCAGGGUCACUUCUAUAAUAA